CUGGUCAUCAAUGCUGCCUUGGGAUUUGACACAUUUGUUGUCAUGAGACAUGGCCUGAAGAAACCAAAGCAGCAGGGAGCUGGGGAUUUGUGUCCAAGCCACCCUGUGACAUCUGCAGACCUCCUGGGCUCUUCGCUUUUUGCCAAUAUCCCUGGUUACAAACUCGGCUGCUAUUUCUGCAAUGAUGUGGUGGCCCCAGGAGAUUCAACCAGAGAUCGGACUUUGGACCAGCAGUGCACUGUGAGUCGUCCAGGACUGGCCAUGAUUGCAGGAGCCCUGGCAGUGGAAUUGAUGGUUUCUGUUUUGCAGCAUCCAGAAGG